AUGUCAGGAGAGUACCGUGCCUUUGUUGCAUGGGAAGAAAAAUUUAUUGUUGAGGAGAAGGGGAGUCGAAUAAUUCACUAUUAUUUAAGGGAUACUGUGGGAGGUUCACUCCUUGCUGUUGUGGGCAGAGAAAGAAGUAGAAGGCACAUAACCUAUACGAUUUCUGCAGAGUUUCUAGACUACUAUAGGUGCUGGAAUGCCCCCAUUGCUGGCACAAAAUGGCGUGCGAGACGUGAUGUUGUGGACUGGCUCAUAUCAUUGGUUCCAAGGAAUCACCUGCCACCACCAAUUUCGGAUCCAGAAAUUGCUGAAUCAACCAUGGCUGGUAUCACUAAUCCUCGAAUCCAGCGUGCAGACAAGGAAAUUGUUCCCAGAAAAUUAAAACCCGAAGAUUCAGAUAUAGCGUGGUUAGGCGAAGCUUCGAUCUGUUCCAAGAGGCUCAAGCACUACCCGGCUAUUUUCCGUAAUGGAACUGUAACAGCUGCGCAUUCCUUUGUAUCCAUCAUGGUGGAUGAAGAAAGCCACUACGUUGGUUACAUAGAAGAUCUCUAUGAGGACAAGAACGCUCUGAAAUGGGCUAAAAUUCGCUGGUUUCACCAUCUUCGGGAAGUAAAAUGUGUAAUUCCUCAGCUAGAAGAUACACAUCCUCGAGAAGUAUUUAUCACGCCUCAUGUCCAGGCGAUCGGUGCAGAGUGUAUUGAUGGUCCUGCUACUGUUUUGACUCCUAAUGAUUACCAGAAAUAUGCUGCAUUUCUUCCAGAGAGUUUAUUGUCUGAGACCUUUAUAUGCUAUAGGGAGUUCAAAAACAACAAGGCUUUCCCUUUCUGUUUAAUUAGAUUACAAGGCUACUACAAUCAAGCUGUUUUCAGCUUGUUACAUAGGCAAAAUGUUUCACAGCAAAUGGUAGAACGCCAGAAAACACGAGAAGAAAAAGGUUCAGCCACCAAAGAUCCGGCAACGCAAGUGACUAAGAGGAUUAGAGAUCACAGUGAUCAGAUUUCGGGGACUGGCUCCCAGAUUACAAAAUGUGGAUCAACUCGCCAUAAGUUGAAAAUCAAAUUAACUCGCAAAGGACCAAUUGGAACUCAACCUGUUGCGCCUGAGCCCCAGUCCCAUGCUUCUUUCAAAGUUGGUGAAAAUGUAGAGUUCCUAUGUCAGGAUAGUGGCAUGAGAGGCUGCUGGUUCAAGUGUACGAUCAUUCAGACUAAGGAACGUUUUCUGAAACUUCAAUACUUUGAUGUCGAUAAUGUUGAUGAACCUGGAAAAUUGGAGGAGUGGAUUAUUGCAUCAAAAGCUUCAGCUCCUGAUAAAUUGGGCAUGAGAUGCACUGGACGCCUUACAAUUCGACCUUGGCCUCGUAAGGAAUCUUCAAACUGUUCUUUUGGAGUAGGAGAUGCAGUUGAUGCAUGGUGGUGUGAUGGUUGGUGGGAAGGCAUUGUAGCUGGAUUUGAUGUUUCCAGAAGUGACCACUUCCAAGUUUACUUCCCGGGCGAAAACAGGUCAAGGACAUUUCCAAAGAAGAAUUUGAGGAUUUCGAGAGACUGGAUUGAUAACAAGUGGGUGGAUAUAAAACCAAAGCCCGAUAUAUGCUCAUUCAUUUCUGCAGCUGCUGUUUCCUCUAAGCCAAGGAUCUCAUCAGGCUCAACUUCGGCCGAGGCAUCUAGGGUCACCGCAUCAUCUGGCGAUAACAAAUCUCUGACAGCUUCCAAGCCUGGAAAAGAUCUAGCAGAACUCGACUCUAAGAAGCAGUUGAGUGUAAAUGACCAAAAAGAGGCAGGGACCUCCAAUCGUGUGGGGCGCCGUGCUUCUGGUAGGAAGGGGAAGUCUGUUAAAUGAUAGGUAAGUGGAUACAGCAUGGGAGAUGGGGAGAAAAAAUCAGUGGUUGGGCUGCUAAGGGAUUACUUUUGAGUUUU